UAGGGUGACAGUGUGUGAUAACCACAUCUGUUUGGCUUUAGAACGUUUGACAGUGUGUAAUAACUGCAUCUCUUUGGCUUUACAACGUUCAGUGAACAGUGUGAAUCCCAGCCUCUGUCAUAAACGUUUUAAAAUUUAUAAACGGAACAUUUAACUCAUUUUUAAGUAUGUUACUUUAGUGUAUUUAAUUUACGAGUAAACAAGUAUCCUUUCACCUUAAUAAUCCCAAUGUACGAGCAGACUAACCAAGAUUGUUUGUAAUCCGUGGAAAGAACUAAGUUUGCUCUCAGUUUGACAUAUCAUUCAGAAGAUGGAAAGCAUGGUGCAGCCUUGGAAAUGGUGUGGGAAGGCUUUGAUGGUACUAACUGUGUCCUUUGUGUUGGUGAUGGUAAUGCCGCUACAGUCCAAUGCUCGAGCUAACAGUUUGGUUUCUUACAAAGAAGCGUUAGAAAAAACACGAGAGGCUCAACAGUCUCUGGCUGCUCAGCAUUCAAGACCCUACAGGCACCGUCUCGGGCGACACGUGUGUGCCCGCAACAGUGUAGUCAACACUCCUUCGAGGCAGCGCGAAUCCUACAGUAAGCCUGCCUACAAAAGUUACAGACGCGCCUGUGAAGACAACCCCGACAAAAUAUGCACAUCGUAUCGUCUAAUUUAUGAAAUUGCAUAUCGUACUGUUUACAAGUCCAUUCCCCUCACUGAAACAACUUACGAAUGUUGUCCAGGAUGGACUCGCAGAAACCCCGCUGCACACGGAUGUAUGGAAGCAACUUGUUCAUCUUCUUGUAAAAAUGGAGGGACCUGUUCGAAACCAAACCAGUGCUCUUGCCUGCCUGGCUGGACCGGGCGAUACUGUGAAAAAGAUGAGAACGAGUGUUUGAAACAAAACAGAACAUGUGAACACAAGUGUAUUAACACUCUUGGCAGUUACAGCUGCGAAUGUCACGAUGGAUUUAUCUUACAGAUGGACGGAAAAUCCUGCAAAAUGAAUCUUCACACUGUUCCUGAAUACCAGAAGUUUGUACAAAAUUACCAGGAACUGAAUCAGAGGAUUGUCGUACUAGAAAAGAUGCAAGAACAGCACAAUCUGACAGACCUGGAAUAUCGCGUGCAGAAGAUAGCUGAAUCGGUGUCGUCCAUGACCGAGAAAAGCACAGAAGCGCCAAGUUAUUCUUCAGCCCUACAGGGCAACACCAAAGAUUAUACAUAUCCCUUCUACGGUUCUCCAUGGGAGAGGGUUCACUCAUUGAGCGAACAGAUUUCGAUGCUCGAGGAACGGCUCGCGGAUUGUACUUGUAACGAGCCACAACGGAGAUCUCGGCGAAGACCAAACUUUUGAACAGUUUAAAAAUAUAAUUGAGGAAUUAAGCGCCCUCUACAGGAAUACAAGAGAGACUAGAGGAUAUGAAGAAUCUGUCUUGCUCAUGUUGGAUUCUCAAUUCUUUUUUUUUUUUCUUGGUUAAACAAAUAAAAGUGUUUUUAAUGUUCUUAAAUAAUAUAAUAAAAUUAUUUCUACUCUCAAUUAACAAGACGUGAAACGGCGAGUUUGUGGUUAAGAGCCAGUUACCUUAAAAUGAAAAUUGAAUGAUAGUCAAGAAGAGUGGUCAUUUCGAAACUAUAAAUAUUAAGUGUAUUUGCUAAAGAUCCUUAUCAUGAACUGCUUACUGUGAAAGAAAAAAAGUGAAUAAUUAAUGAUUUUAUGAAGUGUCUCUCUUGAACUAUCAACGAAACGGGAAGUGAAGUGGAUAUUUAUAAGAGACUGUGUAUUAUUCUUGACAAGAGAACACAUGACAGACAUCACUUUUAAUGUUAAUACACUUCUAAGACUAUGACAUAAGUUAUAAUAAAUUGCUGUCAAGUUGUGUAUACUUUUGUACGACGCAUAACCAGUCACUUGUUUUAAAGCUUUGAGCUUAAUGAUGCUUAUUCAUGACCAUCCUCACAUUUUUCUUCUUUUUUUAUAUACUCAAUUUUUAGUUUAUUAUAUCUUGUUCCUAAGUUUCUAAGUGCUUAAAUUAUUUGAGUCCCAGAAACUGAACUCUCUUAUCCUGAAAUUUGAAUUGCAACGAAUUUUAUAUCCUCAUCAUUUUGAUGACGUUUCCACGUGAAAAUAUGAAAACAAUCAUAUCAUUAAAAUCUUUGAAGUUUGAACUUGCGUCUAUAUAUGUUCGAUCAUUCCAUAACUUUUGGUGAUUAGAUUGAAAAAAAUUCUAUAAAAACUCGUUAUCGUACGAAUACUUUUCAGUUUUAUUUCAGCUAUUUCUAAAGUAAUGUAGCUGUUUCUAUUAUUUCAAGAAUUUUUGUUAUUAUUAAUACGACGUACAUGGAUAAAUCUUGAGAAGUUUUUGAUGAAACUCUUAAUUUCAAAGAUUUAAUUUCUUAUCAUCGUUAACAAAUAACUGUCGGAAAUUCAUCGUUGUUAUCAGGUAACUAUUGGAAGUUCAUCAAUACCAUUUGGUAACUGCUGGAAGUUCAUCGUUGUUAUCAGGUAACAGUUGAAAGUUCAUC